AUGGCUGAAUCAAAUCCUGUUGUCUUUUUCGAUAUCGCCCUUGGAGGCGAAUCGCUGGGCCGGGUGAAAAUGGAGCUGUUCGCCAAUAUCACCCCACGAACAGCUGAGAAUUUCCGCCAGUUUUGCACCGGGGAGACCAAGAACUCCAAGGGACAGCCUCAAGGCUAUAAGGGAAGCAAGUUCCACCGAGUGAUCAAAGAUUUCAUGAUUCAGGGCGGAGAUUUCAUCAAUGGUGAUGGAACUGGAUCUUGUACCAUCUAUGGCACUUCCAAGUUUGCAGAUGAAAACUUCACUUUGACACAUGACCGUCCCGGUCUGUUGAGCAUGGCGAACUCGGGCCCCAAUACUAAUGGUUGUCAAUUUUUUAUCACGACCACGGCAACACCAUUCUUGAAUAACAAGCAUGUGGUCUUUGGUCAAGUGAUUGAUGGUAUGGAUAUUGUCAAGAUGCUGGAACAUACUCGUACUACCAAAGACAAGCCCAACCAAGAUGUCACAAUUGUUCAGUGCGGGCAGAUGUCUUGA